AUGGUUUCAGUUUACGUUUCAGGGGCUACAGGUUUCAUUGCCCAACAUAUUGUUUCACAAUUGGUUGCUAAAAAGUACAAUGUCAUUGGAUCAGUCAGAUCAGCUGAAAAAGGUGAACAAUUAAAGAAAGAUUUAGGAAGUGAUUUAUUCGAAUAUGAAAUUGUUGAAGAUAUUGUGACUCCAGGAGCUUUUGACGAAUCAUUGAAAAAACAUCCUGAAGUAACUGUUUUCUUACAUACAGCUUCACCAUUCCAUUUCAACACUACUGAUGUUGAAAAGGAUUUAUUAAAACCAGCUAUUGAAGGUACUAAAAAUGCUUUGAAAUCAAUUAAAGAAUAUGGUCCACAAAUUACUAAAGUUGUAGUAACCUCAAGUUAUGCCGCUGUUGCUCCACCAGAUGGAAGUCCUGAAGCUCCAAGAGAAAUGAUCUUAACUGAAGAAAGUUGGAACCCAGCCGAUUUAGAAAAAGCCUUGAAAUUUCCAAACCUUGGUUACAGAGCUUCUAAAACAUUUGCUGAAAGAGCCGCUUGGGAAUUUUUAGAAACCGAAAAACCAAAUUUCACAUUAAAUUGUGUUAAUCCGUCAUUCGUUUUUGGUCCUCAAGCUUUCAAAUCCGGUGUUAGAUCAACUUUAAAUACCUCAUCUGAAGUAUUAAAUGCUAUUGUUAAGGCAGGUACCGAUGAAUCCAAAGUUCCUCAAUCAAUUGGUGGAUUCGUUGAUGUAAGAGAUGUUGCUAGAGCUCAUUUACAUGGUUUUGAAAGCGAUGUCACCAACUUCAGAUACUUAUUAGUUACUUCUAGAUUCGCUACUCAAGACAUUGUUGAUAUCAUCAAUGAAAAGAUCCCAUCAUUAAAAGGAAAAAUUAUCGUUGGAACUCCAGGUAGUGGAAAGGAAAAAACCGAUAAAAUAGCCCAAGUUGAUAAUACUAAAACCAAAGAAAAGUUAGGAGAAUUCAUUUCAUUGGAAGAUUCUGUCAUUGACUCAAUUAAACAAAUUGUUGAAUAA